AACAGGCAUUAGCCAGUUAUCCAGCACCCAAAGAACCCAGCAAAAUGCAUACUCAGAAGCAUACUCUUUCUGCCCCCAGCCUCGAGGAGCUAGUCGAGACGCUGCAAGCUCCUCUUGCAGCAAAUUACGAGCACACGACAGUCAGCGUUGUCCCGUGCCCCGAUCUCCGAAAGGCGCCUUUCCAUUUAGCAACGGAGGGUCUCUCAGGCGAUGAGAAAAUCGCAGACGUUGGUGGCCAGCCCAAUCUCUUUCCCCGUCCUCGGCUGGAUUGCAUCUAUUCCAUGCCCGAUAUAGCCAAAGCCAUGGAGAUGAGCUCCGCAAGAGGAAGCCUGAUCGGCGCAGGAGCCGGACCGUUCCACGUGGUGGGCCAGAACUGCGAGCUUGCACCGAAUCUCAGCUGGCAGGAUGGGUUCGAAAACCUCGACAACCAGACGCGGAUUGUUCGGAUUCGCCGGGAUACCGGCGCAGUCAGUCUGCAGAAGAGCACGUGUCCGGAUUGCGCAUUGAUGGUCAAUCUGUACGGCUCCCUGGGCGAGCCGGGCCCAGUGAUCAAGAUUACUGCCAGGAAGCGGAAAGGUCCCGAGAAGAGCUUCACUGGAUGCAUUCGGAAAGGACUUCUUGCAGCGUAUAGUGAAUCUCGCACGGUUAGUCUCGGAGGGGCUUUCUUGGUCAAGGCUGGAAAAGCACGCUUUCAUGUCAUGCCGGAUUUCCCUUCGGAAGAGGAACUGCCGUUCAAGGACCGUAACCAGCUCGAGAACUGGCUGACUUAUCAUGAUUAUGAGGCACCCAUUGUGUGUUUGUCUGUCCUGCAUUCUGCGGAUCCAGAUAAUGCCAUGGGCCUUCGGAUAGAACAUACUCACUGCUUCUCACCGUUGGGGGAUAAUGCUGGCGGUCAUUAUCAUUAUGAUGUCGAAGGAGCUGAAGAGAUCGAGUACGAAGCGUAUUUCAAUACAGCGAAAGCUAUUUAUCGAGUUGAUAUGCCGGUGGUGGCUUCGGAUUGAAACUUGCAUCGCAGAACACAGUGUUGGAAGAGCCGAAGGUAUCCAUACAUUUGCGAA